AACAUUUUUAUGGGGAAAUUGUCAGAAAUUGUAAAAUUUCGGCGGAAACGCAGGAUUCUCGAAGAGGCCAUUAGCAUCUAUUAUGUUGGCUACGAUCGACAUGCAGAUGGCGCCAAAGGAGUCACCGCCAGAACGUCGGUUUAGCGCAGAUCAAGAUGGCAGUGAGAAACAACGGCGGAAGUAGCGAUCGUCCGCCAUUUUCUAUUUUUGCAUAGCAGGGAACUAGUUGUUGUAUGUGUACAUUUUGUGUGAUAAAUAUAAGGAACAUUAAUAAUUGACGGCGAUCGCUCGAUGGUAAUGAAAUGAAUAUUGGUAACACGUGUUCUGAGUAUUGCGCGCCCCUAUUCGACUCGUUUGCCGUCCGCGUUUUGGCGUAUGAACUCGCUGUGGUUCGUACGUAAACAUUUUUUCGUCGUUUUUUCUUUUCGAAGAGUGAGAGUGGGCCGAGAAACGAUCCGCGUUUGAACCGAACGGCAAAGCGACACACGAUCGGCCGUUAGUCGUGAAUUCCUUCUAUGUGUAAAGUCGGUCAGCGCGCGCCGUGCAAGAAGGAAGACAGAAAAUAUUUAAUAAAAAAAACCGUCUGUGAUAACUAAACAGUACUAAGGUAUAUAGCUAGGUGUAAACUCUGUACAAUAAGGUGUACGUGGUUGUGCCAGUGGCGUGUAAGGCAGACAAAACUACAUAGAGGACCUAGGACUAAAUAAAAUAAGCGUAGUGCGUGUCGCGGACUCCUGACGAGAACGAGGACGAUCGAGGGAACGAUGUCGUUGGAAUCCGUGGCGAGUGACAGGCAUCAGCCUGACGAGCCCAAGGACGAAGGAGAUGAAGCGAUUAUAUCGAUGUCCGUGGCUGGAGAGGUGACCGAUACCUCCAUUAUGGAAGUGGGCCGUACCAGGCCUCAAUUCCAAUACUCUCGGGAGGAACUGAUGGAUAUAAAAAGCCAACCGUUAUCCAAACGUAGACCCGAGUGUUUGGACGUUGCUUAUAACAAUUCGCGCGGUGUUUGGGAUCCCGAACGUUGGCACCUGGACAGGAAGCGCAGUGAGACGCCACCGGAUGAUGAGCGAUCCGGGCGCGGCGAUCAAAUUAUUGAGAAUCACAACAAACGUCGCAGUGGCGAUCCUCGUGAGCGCAUCCGCAAGGAGCAAGAUGGGAUCGUAUUGAGCCCUCAACGGCGAAGCUUCAAUUCCGGAUGCUUUGUAAACGUAACUCAACCGCCGAGUCGACGUCCUGAAAGUCCAAUUGGUAAAACGGAGGUCAGUCAUCGUGAACCUGUUCGUCGAAUUGGCAGCGGUCGUAUUCUGACACGUGACAUGUGGGACUUCCGGGGCGACAACGAGAAACUUGAACCGGAACGUCCUGAAUUUGGAUUCAGGUCGGGUGCUGGGGGCGGAGGACCAUUGCGCGAUCGGGAUACGCGUGAGAGUCGUGAAGUUGGCAGAGAACGGGAGCCGAUGCGGGACAGGGAUCGUGAUCGUGACCGUGAUCGCGAUCGGGAUCGUGACGGCAUGCGUGACCGAGAUGACAGGAGCGAGCGAUACGAGCGGAGAUCCUUUGGACGAGAUUUCGGAGAUCGUGAUCGGGAUCGAGGAUUGGAGAGAAAUGAACGGAAUCACCAGGUGGAUCGUGACAAGGACCGCGGACGGGACCGGCGAUACAGCAACGAUCGAAGGCGAACUUACAGCGAUAACCGGGAAGCCGAUGAGCCCGAAUGGUUUAGCUCGGGACCUACGUCCCAGCAUGAUACCAUUGAGCUGCGUGGCUUCGAGGAUAUUCCCGAAGAGAAAAUGAUAAGUAACAACUACAGUGCCAAAGGGAAGAAGCAGUCGCCCGUGCAGAAGAAACGUGGUAAAAAGUCGUCCUCGGAGAAGGAUGAUAAGUCUAACGAAAAUUCGGCUGGACCGAAGGGCCGCAGUACUCCGACGACUAUGGACCAGCCUAUGAACAUCGUUCAAGCUCCCCACUCGCCAAUUUCAGAAAGAAGUGAACCUCAAACACGUUCGCCUAAAGAAAAGUCUGAUAUUGAUCAUAGUGUUAAUACUGAACCGAGCAGCGAUCUUGAUAAUGUGAGUAGUGGACAGAAUCAAGAAGACAGUCACUCUGAUUUCAAUUUGGACGAGUUCCUCAAGUCAGACACUUUUCCCGGAGUUUCUGGACUUUUAACCAAUGGAGUUGGUUCGAAUGGAGGCUCUGGUUCUCGGUUUAGCCAGUGGUUCAAGCGUGACAGUCCCGUCCAACAAAUGGACAGCCGCAGAGCUUCUAUACAGGACGAACUAUUGAAUAAUCUGCUUAAUGAUAUCACAGAGCCUAAUAUUCAAAUUCCAUCGGUUGCGGAGUCCAAUACCUACUUCGCCCCGAUUUCGCCAGCUAACACUACGAAUAACUCAACUACCCCUACUACUGGUGUAAAGCUACUCGAGAUGCUGCAGCGUGGUAACAAACCAAACCAGAACGGACAGGGCGACGCAGCAAAUACGGUCGUUCCAUUGAUGAAAAACUCUUCAAUCAAAGACAUGGAAGUUGGUGGAAAAGUUGUCCACAGUCUGGAAGAGCUAGAGGCACGUAUGCGAGGCGGAGUUCCGCCGGCACCUUCUACUGAACCCCCAAGAGUGAAUAAGACUGAGGAAGAUCUGGCUGCUUUUAAGAAAUUGCUCGCUCAAGUAACUGGCGGUCAAGCAGUUCCUGCAGCUAAUGGUCCUAUUUCCCAAAAGCCGCAGCCCAUCACAUUAAUGCAGCUGCUUAACAACCAGCUGAAGACACAGCAGCAGGUAGUACAACAGCAACAGCAUAUCGCCGAGCCGAUACAUCCUUCAACGUUUAAUCAUGCUGGUCCACUCGGACCUGCCCAACAUCCUCAUCAAGCGCAGAUGCAACACGAAAAUUUAAUGAAGGUGUUACAGAUUCAGCAGCAACAGCAGAAACAACGUCAUCAACAACAAUCGGACAUGCUCUCUAUGAUGAUGGGUGGUCAGCGUAUGCUUGUUGUUAGUCCAGUCCCGCCGGAUAUGCAAAUGAUGGUCAAUAACGCUCCAUCGAGUCGGGAACUGCUUCAGAGACCGGAAGCUCAGGCCAUUAUUCAAGGUCUUCAGCAGGGAGAGAUCACUAAGCAGCAUUUACUUCAGCAGUUGCAGAAUCCUGCGAAUCAGCAUCGCCAUCGGGAAGUUCUCGCUAAUAUCUUGAAACUGUAUGGAGGAACUACGCCUCGCACUGUCAGCCCACAUCCUGCAGCACCAACUCCUCAGGAUCACAUUCUCCAACAGAUGCUGUAUCAGCAACAGCAACAACAGCAGCAGCAGCAGCAACGAAUACCGUCACCCAUGAACAAUGCAUUCUGUUCAGCACCAAUAAUAUCGCCAAAUUUGGCGACUAGUCCCAACGCUCUGACAGUUCAACAUCCAGUGCUACCCCACCGAGUGCCCUCGCCGCGCGAACUUGUCAUGCACACACAGUCCAUAAUGCAGAACGCUCUGAUAAAGAAAAAGCUGGAAGAGCAACGUGAAAACUACCGGAAGCGGCAGGAGCAACAACAUCAACAACAGCAGCAACAGCAAACGCAGCACAGAGGAGUGCCGUCAGCGAGUCCUGUCAAUUCUCCAGCCAAGCAGACCCUAAGUCCAACGCCACUGGCCUUCACGCCGACCUCGGUGUUACGCAAAAUGACCGCCGAGAAGGAACCCGAGGGCAGUGGCGAUCCGUCGAAAAUGGCUGUUCAGAACCAAGCGUCAUCGCAUAUGCAACAAAUGCAGUCGGCAGUUCAGAUGAUCGCUCAGGGUGUACUUUCACGACACACGACCGCACUGCGACCGCAGCCACUCCAACCGUCAUCCUGGUCCAGUCCCAAUGUCAAGCAACAUCCUGGUCGGCCAAUAGUCAAAGGCGGUGGUGGGAGUGCAGGUGCAACUGGCAACGGUGCUAAUCAGUUCCAAUACAGCGGUAACAUAGAAUUCCAGCAACAGCAUCAGCAGCAACGAGCAGUAACUGCAGCAGGAGUCUACGGCAAUCCGGCACGCUCAAAGCACACGAUGGCUGCUUCUAUGCCGCACCCCAAUGUUCCUCAAUACAAUGUUGCUUCGAAUUCGGUCAUGAGUCACAGACCAAAUCCAAUGAGCAGUCAGAUGAAACCCCAGCAGGUGCAAUCUCAUCUUUCCAGCAUACAACAGCAGCAGCAGCAACAACAACAUCGCACGGUCAAUCCGCAGUUGCAGCAACUUGUCAUGAACCAAAACUACAAUUCCUCGAGAACCGAUGGACGAGCGAUGCGAGCGCAGGCCAUGAAAAUGCCCGUCGGACGUCAGAGUUCACCAGGGUUAGGCUUUAUGGGUAGCAACGGUGGCGACCUCUCACCCACGUCGAAUCAGCUGGCACGAUGGUUUAGUCCGGAACUCUUAGCACAGGCACGCGCUGGGAAGCUUCCUGAACUGGCUCAGACGAAUGUUCUCUCCUUGGAAGAGUUGGAGAGACUUCAGCAUGCCUCGACGGCCGUUCGCAAUUAGAUUAAUCUAUCCAGUGAUCCACCGAGCGUUUGAAAGAUGUGAGAGAAAUUCCAUCGAGUUCCUCUAUUCUUCUCACUUUUGAAAGUGUACCCUUCUUCUACACGUAUUGUACCGACACGACUGGCAAGCACGACCUUUGCACCCUGGACGACAAGGCACAGUAAAUAAGAGAGUAAGAGCUCAAGGAAAUCGAAGGAUGCGACUGCAACAGACGAUAAAGUUUUGCGUAUUUUGUUGAACUAUUCUGGAAGAGAGAAAGAGGUAGUGAGCGAGUAGAAGAAAUGACGUAUUUUGUUGAGAGAAACCAAAAUACUCAAUUACUUUCCAAGGAGGCGUCCACAAGCUUAUGGAGACCUUAGAAAAAUUCCAUGAAAACAGUCCGCCUAUCAAAUUCCCGAUGUAAUAACUUCCUUCGCAGUGAACUGACGAUGCAUUUCAUGGAUACGCGAACAAGGAACUUGAAGGCGUUACGAUAAUCGCUUUUAUGAUAAUAAGGAAUUACAAGAUGUACAUCAGGACUUCGUGUGUGCAUAAGAGCAUCCGGUUUCGCAAGGAAAGCACAUCCUAUCAAAAUUGGGGUCCUGGGACCUGUCCGAUACUAUUGAAGCUCGUCGUUUGUCUCAUAGACAUGAAUUCAGAAAAAUAAACCAAGUAUUGGAGUGCUCUUUUCGUGCGACAUGGAUCUCAAGAAUGGCUGGAGUCUGUUAUGAUGAAUAUUUCAUCUCAAGCCCUAAUACACAUCGUACCCUUGAAUCAUCGGAUAUCCAGUGAAAGAAAAAAAAAUAUCUGCUAUGAAUAAUUUAUCUCUAAUUGCAUCGAUUAUAAUAUGAUGCGCAGGUUUUUUUUUCUUUUCUUUUAAAUAAUGGUUGUCUGAUUCUCAAUGCUUGGAAAACUUUAUUUGAGUGAACGAAACACGUGCUGCCGGCUCCCAACCGACACGAGUCGCGUGCCACGUUCAUCCAAAACUUUAUACUCGGCCAUAAUCGUGAAUGCGGUGUUAUGGAUGAAACUUUAUGGAAAUGUGCCGACACCCGACACACUACUUGCUUCACUCGACAGACUCAACGCCAUUAUUAUCAAUGACCUGAGGCGGAACAUACGAGUUAAAUUUUUCGAAAAAAAAAAAAAAACGCACUCUGGGUUAACACAUAUAUAUUAUAAAAAUUUAUAUAUAAUAUAUACUCUGUAGAAGUACGAAAAUACAGUGUCAUGAUCGCAGUUUAAAAGUCGUUGCAGAGUGAUGUACUACCGAGACAACGUGAAGAUGGUCGCAGGCGCUAUUAAGCGAGAUACUUCAUAAUCUUAAUAGAGGAGAGUACAGCAAAUCGAAAGGAAAGAGGAAAGACGAAAGUGUUCCGAAGAGGCUCCAAGGAAAAAUUGCAAAAGAGAGAUAGAAUCAGAGAGACAUGCAGGGGGAAGGAAAAGAAAGCAAAGGGAUAAAAAAUGAAAGAGAACAUUCCAUCAAUCGAACGAAAGAUCUCUAAGCUCGACGAGUCAAUUGCGUAGCGUUGCCGACGUGCGUUUAGUUUUUUAUUAAAUUAUUGUUUUUCAAUUGCAUUUUUCUCCCACAUACACGAUAACGAUGAUUACUCUUAAAGUGUAGUAACCGACAAUAAUGACUUAGUGUUUUAUA